AUGCAAGACACCAUAAACGAAAUCGUGCGAGCAACGAGGUUUCCAAUGUCCAUCAUUAUCGUGGGUGUGGGCGACGAGGACUUUUCAUUGAUGGACGAACUAGAUGCCGAUGAGGCGCCACUUUACUCAACGGUACAUUCUUAAGAACGACAAGCACCCCAUCUUCAACAUCCUUACACAACUUGCAUCAUCAACAUGAUCAAGGGUAGAAAUAUUAUUUAACUGAUGUGUUAUCCCCGUGCGAAGGCGAACUCUCUCCACACAACGUCACUCGGAAUCAGGUGGAGAACGUGUACAUGGAACGCGAUAUCGUGCAGUUCGUGCCCUUCGCGGACUUCAAGGAUAGAAGUUAUCUCGAAUUGGCAAUGUGCACCCUCGAUGAGGUUCCUCGUGAGGUAUUUCUACCUGCUUGUUCUUCUAUCUAGUACUUGAACGUAAUAAGAUUUUUAAGGAUGCUGCUGAAGGUGCAGAACGUACUGCUGCUUUUCCUUAGCUAUAGUGAAAGCGAGUUUUUCUAAAGCUCCUGAGCUUUCUUCAGCUAAAGAGAAAAUGAGUUUUUCCAAAGCUGAGUUUUCUUCAGCUAUAGUGAAAGCGAGACUUUCUAAAGCUGAGCUCUCGUCAGCUGAAAGCUACAAACAUAUUUUAAAAGGCUCUUAGUCAUUUACCAUCUAGUCCCCUUCAGGUCGUCAACUAUUUCCAGAAGAAGGGUAUUCAACCACCGGCGUCAAUGGAGAAUCAAGACAAACUCGCGAAGACUGGCCAACUCACAGUGAAACAAGUCAAAGCGGCAGAUACAUUCGAGUUGCCAGUUUUUCUGCAACAUUAAGGCGAGCUGCACUGAAAUAACCUUUGAAAUAGUAGCGAUUAUUGAGUACCGGUCAUGUUAUCCAAAUUGGGGAAAACAACUUCAACUUUGUUUAGGUGAUAGUGAAGAUGCCCCUUAACCUCCUCCAGGGUGAUAGCAUACAUCCUCUUCUAACCCCUACCAUACAUCUAUCGGCACACGAAGAUGCUCGUUGACGCUAUCUUAUCCAAAUUGUGGAAAACAACUUCAGGUGAUACUGAUAGCUGUGCCCACUCAUCAGCGUACUCUUCUAACAAAAGGAGAGAGAACGGCUAGCGUCCGCAGCUGUCUCACAGGGUUACCAGCGGGAUGACGUCGAACGAGCUUUGAAGGAUGGCGUGCCUUCAGCGGAAUUAGCCUCACUGAUCGACAUUCUGAACAACACAGAAUACCGUGUAUUCGGAAACUGCUUUUAAGGAAACACAUGCUGCUGUGAACUUCUACCCAUCUUUUGUUAGUUGAUAUUCAAAGUUAUUAGAGUUACCGAUACCGUGAUAAGCCACCCAUCUUUUACAGUUAGUACUUGAUGCUUUUCCUGUUCUACGCGUACUAGAGUAAACCUUCUAAUGUUUUCAGACCGAAUGGAAAAAGAAGCAAGAGGAACUGAAAAAACGUGGUUCUGCGGCACUCGGCGGUCAACCACCGAAGAUGUUGAAGUCUAUUCGCCAAUCCAUGAGCACGUUGAGUCUAGAUGAAACCUUGCCGACUGGAGCCACAUCAUUAAGGCUUGGCUUGUUUCGCAAAGUAAGUCAUUUCCAAAUUGGUAGAGAGGCAACAAGUUAGUUCCAAGGGUUGAUGUAAUGGAAUCAAAGAAGAUGGGCUUCACCGAGUCUUCAGUAGAUGAAAGUAAGUAGAUACCUGAGCAGGUCUUUAAUAGACUCUAAAUUCAGUAACCGACACGGCAAGAGCGGGACUCGGUCUCACUGCUGGUUCCGAUAGCAGGAGUCGCACAACUAGACCCGGCAGCUUCGAGAGGAGCGUUGGUAGCAGGAAUGACAACUAUGAUCCAGCGGAUGGACCCGAAGAUGAGGAGGUCGUAGAUCCAAGAGGUGGUAGCUCAACAUCGAAAAAACACAAAGACCCGGCGUCGAAGAAGAAUUAUGGCUUCAGAUCUGGUUGUUCGAUAACAACGACAACAACAUUUUGGUCCUGUUUUCAAAGGUGGGAAAACGCCGAGAUGAAGAACCAAAAUUAUGUCAAGAAGCAGGUGAACCAAAAUGUCCAGAAGCAAGAUCUUGAUCUGAAAGGAUUUCUUAUAGCCUUAGGCAAUCUCUAAAAAGAGAAGAAAAAGAAGAAGGACGCAGCUGAGGAUGACCUAGACAACAUCUGCAAGGUGUGCUUCGAGAACGUCAUCGAUACUGUCAUCCUGGACUGCGGUCACCAGGUCGUUUGUCAGUCCUGCUCCACCGAUAUUGGAAGUCUGUGCCCAUUGUGUCGGAACCCGAUUGCCAGGAUCAUCAAGACGUACCAGGUCAAGUAAGGAGACGUCAGCACCAACAAGUUCAACGCGUGCUACUGCUAGGUGUCACGACGCAGAAGGAGCUCUAUUAACUGCACGGCGAUUUUGUUGUUUUGUAAAACUAGAAAGACCUAUUAUUUUUAAGAUGAAACCCGAACCUCGAUCUCUUUUUGUUUCUAGUGAUGAAAAUUCUUGUACACGACGACCAACGACUACGUCAAGAGCAAAAUAACCUAAACAAUCUCAUUUAUAGAAUUCUUUCAACUAUAGCUUUGUUUCAACAAUUAGUUUUUACGGUGUUUGACUGUCAAAUCAACAAGCUUCUUUUUUUCUGAUAGUACCAACUUAGACAAGACUAGACUAUAAUUUAUCGACGAUAGCUAGAGACUAUGAACUGCACAAUAAAUCUAGUGAGGACGAUCAUCGUGUUGUUCCUUAUGUAUCAAGAAAACCAACGACGUGGUCAUGCGUUCAUUGAGAUACAGUGUACAAAAGAAUAAGCGACAGCAAAGAUAACGAUUUCAGUACUAUGGCAGGUUAGCGUUAUGGCUACUUAGAAGAGAAACCAUUGAAAUUGAUGCAUAGCGAACUUAGAUAGUUAACUUCCAAGAUGUUGCGUGUUGCGUUCUACUUAGGAGGUGUCCUAACUCAUAGACGGGCGUUAGGCUGUGAGUAGUUAUCAUCUCCUUCGUUGCUCGACGGAAUAAACGUUUGGCUAAUGUUGAUGUUAUACGAUUCAUCUUCAGGAGGUGAUUUAUGAUUUGUUGUCAAUGUCUAGAACUUCGAUGUAAUAUAGGAGGACCACAGUGACUGGACGAAAGAGAAUAAGACCUUACUCUGUGAACUGAUUUCCUUCGCUCCCUCGUGCUCUACUUUGUGAUCUAUGAUGUGCUUGGCGUUUAGCUGGUUUUAUUUUCGUUUUAGACAGUACCGACAAAAUAAAAAUGAAUCGGAGGCAGCGGCAAGAGAGCCGCGGUCCGUUGCCUCAUAGUCAACUGAAUCGCCAGCCUUCUGGAUGAGCUUCGUUGUCGUGGCCAUAAGCUCCUCAUUCUCAAUAUCAUCUUGUGUGCAGUUGUGUUGAUGAGUUAAACUGUUAUUUACUACAGUGAGUACUCCUCCCGCCACGUUGAAGGAGCGGCUUCUUGUAAGUUGUCAUGUUCAACUUCGUAAUGAGAAUGAGUGUUGUUGUCAUUGUCUCAGGAGUCUCAACUAUACGUCUGAGGUGAUAGGAAAGCAGAAGUCUUUUUUCUUUGUAGACGCACCAUAUGCAUAUUAGUUUCUAUGUUGGUCUCGGUGCAUAUUGCCCAGAGAGCAUCUGCAGCAUGAACAAAUGAUUUUCUGUCAUUCAUAGCCUUGAUCAUACCAUCAGCGAUUGCAUGCAUGCAUCAUCCUGAAUCCUGAGGUUGAACAGGUUUGUGAUGCUCUACAUUGGAAAUCCUCUUUAGCUCGUAAACAUUGGAACUCUUAGUCUCAUUCAACCUCGUCGUGGCAUUGAUCAACUUAUCACUUUUCCAACACUACUUAUCAUUUUCAUGAUCAAAUAACCCCUUCCCAACUCACUUAUAAGACAUACCCCUGGAUUGGGUUUACUACUACUAAUACUAUGAUUGAGUUUUUCAUCCUUUUUUACUCAUUACGGUUUGGUUGUGUUGCACCAGCCUACCCUAAUCCUAAUCCUUGCAACAACGACAACCACCAACUCCCACAGCUCCCCAACUUCCACAAAAUGUGUGUUCUCUUUGAAAGUCGUGCCUGUUUAAUGCCGCACGAUCACGCUCUUGGCUCUUCUUCAGAU